CGACAACAACAACAAGUGUCUUUGUUUGAUGACGAAAGGUUGAAUGAACAUGGAAAAUGGUUCGAUUGAUAAGCAGCAACAAGUUGCCGACUCUGAUUUGGAAAAGUGCAUUUAUGCAGCUUAUCCAAUGGUAAUGAACGAACGAACCCUGCCAUGAAGAGAAGAAUGACGCAGCAACAAGUGAAAAAAUCCCACAUGACCAACGAAUACGUGUCGCUCAAUCAGAAGCUGAUUGAGCGUAGCCAAUCGCCAGAGGUGAGCUUCUUUUCCACCGAAUUUUUCCCACCGAAAACAUGGAAAGCUCUGGAUAAUCUGGUUCCAUUGGUGGACAGUUUCCGCCAAUUGGGUGCACUAUUCUCUUCCAUCACUUGGCAUUCGAAUGUGAACCACAUGGAAAACAUUGACGACAUACUCAGCAUACAAGUGGUCGACAUUGCGCUCAAUUAUUGUUCGCUUGACACUAUGAUCCAUCUGACCUGUGUGGGUAUGACAGCCAACAAAAUGCUGGCCAUAUUGGAACGACUGAAGCAGAUUGGCAUACGAAACAUAUUGGCUCUUCGUGGCGAUCUAGAAUCGGCCACCAGCAACACCGAAGAUUUCCAGUAUGCAUCCGACUUGGUUCGUUUCAUUCGCCAUCACUAUGGUGAUUACUUUACCAUCGCUGUUUCUGGAUAUCCGAUCAAACACCCGGAAUCGAUAAACAAGCAGCAGGACCGAGAGUAUCUGAAGAACAAGGUGAAUGCUGGUGCCGAUUUUAUUAUCACGCAACUCUUUUUCGAAGCGGAUGUUUACUUUGCCUUUGUCGACGAGUGUCGUGCUAUCGGAAUCAACGUACCCAUUCUGCCUGGUAUCAUGCCUAUACAGAGCUACGAUUCUUUGUCCAAGAUUACACGUUUAUCUCAGUUGGACAUACCAGCCCAGCUCAUCCAAGAUUUGGAACCAAUUCGCAUGAAUGACGAAGCUAUCCGAAGCUAUGGUAUCGAAUGGACCAUUCACCUUUGUCGGCAAUUGAUGAAAUCCGGCUUGACGCCAGGACUUCACUUUUACACACUGAAUCGACAGUACGCAACAACCACCAUUGUGAAAGCAUUGGAAAUCGGCUACACUUCCUGCCCACAUAAGCCACUUCCCUGGCGACAUGCGGCCAAUCAUCGCCGUUGUAGCGAAACUGUGCGGCCAAUCUUUUGGUCAUCGCGACCGAAAAGCUACAUGCAACGAACCAACACCUGGGACGAAUUUCCUAAUGGCCGUUGGGGUCGAGUUCAUUCGCCGGCAUUUGGCUCAUUGAACGAAUACCAUUUGUUUGCAGCAUUGGACUCGAUUACUGCCAAGAACCGGAAACGGUACAGAGCCAUGUGGGGAGAAAAGUUGCACCAUGAACGUGAUGUGUGGCACAUAUUCGAAUCAUAUGUGGCAGGCAUCAACAAUCGAUUUGGCCAUAAAGUCGAGUCAUUGCCCUGGAAUGACGAGCAACUGGCGCCAGAAACUGAUGCACUUAGGCAGCAGUUGUCUUGUGUAAACAGAAACGGCAUUCUCACCAUCAACUCACAGCCAAACGUCAAUGGAAUCAUUUCGAGCGAUCCAGUUCAUGGCUGGGGUUCUCCCAACGGCUACGUUUACCAGAAAGCAUACGUUGAGUUUUUUGUUUCUGGCCACAGAAUCGGUUCUCUGCUAGAGGUUUUGUCCCAGUAUCCGCUGGUCAACUACCAGAUCACCAACAACCAGGGCGACUUGUUUUACACGAACCUCGAUGAAGAGGAGCCGAUAGCUGUCACAUGGGGUGUGUUUCCUGGCAAAGAGAUAAUUCAGCCGACCAUUGUGGAUGUCGACAGUUUCAAAGUGUGGAAAGAGGAAGCGUUCAGUCUGUGGAUGAACAAGUGGGCUUGCAUCUAUCCUGACGACGAUGUUGUGUCACGUUCGGUUCUCACUUUGAUCUGUGACACGUAUUAUCUGGUCAAUCUGGUCGACAACGACUAUCCGAACGAUACCUGCCUGUGGUCGAUUCUGGAUAAACUGUAGCCACGACCAAUGUACGAAUUGAAAGUCACGCGAAAAAAUUCGACUUUGAAAUGAGCGCACACUUUGGACCUUGCAUUAUCAAUUUGAUUGGUUGAUGAUGAUUGAUUGAUUGAUUGGUUGAUUGUUGGAGUGAUUAUUAUUGUAUGUGUGUGUGUGUGUGUGUGUGUGUGUGUAGUAAUAAUAAAUUCGUUUGCUUCCUUUUGUUACUAAAAA